AUGGCCGAAACCAGCUCUGUGGAACCCAUUGCGGUUAUUGGCGUUGCUAGCAACUUUUCCAACGACGCAGCGGACACCGAGAAGUUGUGGACUACGCUGCUCCAGGGGAAGUCUCAGAUGAGACCGUUUCCUGCAGAUAGGAUGAACCUUCAAGCUCAUUUUCACAGUGACCCAGAACGCGGAGGAACCAUCAAAUCCUCUGGUGGUCAUUUUCUCAAAGAAGAUAUAUCCCGUUUUGAUGCACCUUUUUUUGGAAUUCCGCAGACCGAAGCUGUCCUCAUGGAUCCUCAGCAGCGUCUCUUGCUCGAGAAUGUCUAUCACGCGUUAGAAAAUGGUGGCAUAACGCUGGAGCAAGCCAGAGGGUCUAACACCUCCAUUUACGUUGGCUCGUUUUGUGAUGAUUAUCGAUCCAUUCUUGCGACUGAUCCAGAUCAACAGCUCAAAUACAAGAUCACUGGUACCUACGAUACCAUUCUUGCAAAUCGAGUGAGCUGGUUCUUCGACUUUAAGGGCAACAGUGUAGUUGUGGACACAGCCUGCUCUAGUAGUCUCGUUGCGCUACACAUGGCAUGUCAAAACCUUCGAUUGAAUGAGUGCGACACGGCAAUCGCAUCGGGUGUCAAUUUGAUAUGCGACCCACGCAUCUGUCAAGACCUGACCAAACUAGGCGCCCUGUCCCCGGAUGGUCUGAGCUACAGCUUUGACUCAAGAGCAAAUGGAUAUUCCCGGGGCGAAGGACUUGGAUCGAUUGUGAUCAAACGUCUGUCCGACGCGGUCCGCGAUGGCGACACUGUUCGGGCAGUCAUUCACGCCAGCGGAGCGAACCACGAUGGGCGUACGAGAGGGAUCUUUGCACCAUCGUCUGAGGCCCAAGAAAAGCUUGUGCGCGAUACCUACAGAUGUGCGGAUCUUGGAUAUAAAUACACGUCCUAUGUCGAGGCACACGGUACCGGUACUGCAGUUGGGGACCCGACCGAAGUCCGCGCUCUUGUGUCCGCCUUCAAAGGUCGUCCUGCAGAUCAUCCUUUAUAUAUCGGUGCUGUAAAGUCAGUUCUGGGUCAUACUGAGGGUGCUGCGGGAAUCUUGGGCGUGAUAAAAACCAUACUCAUCCUCGAAUCCGGUGUGAUACCCCCAAACGUAAACCUCGAACAACUUAACCCGGCAAUCAAUUCCACCGAAUGGAAUGUUAUAUUUCCGACGUCAGCGACAACAUGGCCAACCAAAGGCCCCAGGUUUGCGUCGGUCAAUUCGUUUGGUUUUGGGGGUAGCAAUGGACACAUUGUGCUUGGUGAUGCCCUUCAUUCUAUGGAAAUGAGAAACCUGCAUGCGCCCCACAGAACAACAAGAGACCCCCCUGAUCUAAACGAGGUCAACGCGAUGGUAGAUCAUGCUUCGGGGCUACCUUCUCAUCCCUUGGAUCUUGAACCCAAUAAAGGCAAUGAUGACCCCAACCAGGGAGAUGCUGAGGAUUCUGGAGACAAGAAUGACAAGCCAGCCUUGCCGUUCAUUUUCAGUGCUUCGGACGAGCAUGGAAUUGAGAGAGUGACAUGUCGCUUGGCUGAGCACAUAGCCUCACUUCCAGUUGCAUCUGAGGAUCUGAGCCAUGCAGAUUUCUUGAACGACUUGUCAUACAGCUUAAGCACACGAAGCCAAUUUUCCUGGCGUGCAUCGAGCUCAGCCAGCAGCAUUGCAGAGCUGAUUGAUUCAAUUUCUAAUGUACAAGCAGUAAAGUGUGAUAGCUCUUCACCCGUUCUGGGCUUCGUGUUUACCGGACAAGGUGCGCAGUGGCUUGGAAUGGGCCUUCCACUCCAUCGAUUUGCUGCAUACAGAGAUAGUCUUGACGCAGCAAGUCGGUAUCUCUGUGACGCUUUAGGAGCAGAAUGGAGUGCUGUUGACCUCUUGAUAUCGCGUGACCACUCUUUACAUCUAGAAGACCCUACACUGGCUCACCCACUUUGCACUAUUCUUCAGAUUGCUGCGGUCGACCUCUUGCGCAGUUGGAAUGUUGUUCCGACUUUAGUCGUCGGGCACUCCUCUGGCGAGAUUCCAGCAGCCUAUGCAGCCGGUCUAAUUAGUCGCAAAUCAGCCUGGCGAAUUGCUUACUACCGAGGCGUUGUCUCCAAAGAACAGGAGAGCAAAGAAGGGUCCAUGAUGGCAGUCAAAACAGACGAGCAGACUCUCAGGCAAUACAUUGAUUCUGAAGUCCCAGGGGGAUCUCUGACGAUAGCAUGUGUCAACUCCCCAUCGAACUUCACGGUCUCUGGAGAUGAGACAGCUCUGAUGAAGUUGCAGGAGGUUAUGGAACGUGAUGGCGUGAUGGCAAAACAUUUGAGCGUGCAUAACGCAUAUCAUUCAUCCCACAUGGAAGCCGUUGUUGCAGACUAUCUUCGGCUCAUCGGAAAUAUCGAAGAUGACCACGAAACGCUCGAAUACAAUGUUCCCGUGACCAUGAUUUCCAGCGUCACGGGCAGAAAGGUCGACCGGCAUUUUGCAGGGACAGCUGCCUAUUGGACGACGAACCUGGCCUUCCCUGUCCAUUUCGCGCAAGCGAUACGAGGAAUGGUGCGGUCUACGACUCAGCCUGUCAAUCUUCUUGAAAUAGGGCCUCACUCUGUACUCAAGAGCGCAAUCAGCGAAACAUUGAACCAAGAUGAGUGUAGUGCAUUCAGCUACUCAAGCAUUAUGACUCGCCAUUCACUGUCCUCAAGUGUAUUACAACGCGCUGUUGCUUCACUCUGGGAAAAGGGUCAUCCGGUGGACCUCCCUGCUUUCUCGCAAAGCUGCUCUCUCUCGGGAUCGAGGAAGCCACAACUCUCAACCUCUAUUCCACCCUACUCUUUCGAUCAUCACAUGUCAUACUGGACUGAAAGCCGGUUGAGUCGAAAUUAUAGAUUACGGGAACAACCAAGGAAGGAUAUCUUGGGUGCGCCUGUUCCUGAUUGGAAUGAGGAUGAGCCAAAAUGGAGACAUUUUCUCCGUAUCUCGGAGAAUCCAUGGUUGAUGGAUCAUGUGGUUUCAGGCAAAGUGAUUUAUCCCGCCGUCGGUCACAUUGCCAUGGUAAUAGAGGCUCAAAAUCAGAUUGCGUCAAAUGGGAAGAUUCUGCGCGGGUUCACUCUGCAAGAUUUGCAUGUAUCCUCCGCCCUCAUCAUACCUGACACAGCUGCUGGAGUGGAGGUCAUGCUUUCGUUCGUGCCCAUCAUGGAUCUCAGCACCACUGCGUCAAAUUCCCGGAGACAGUUCUUCAUCCGCUCCUACAAUGAAGAUCGCGACGAAUGGAAUCUUCACUGCACCGGGCAAGUUUCCGUUGAAUAUGAGAGAGAGAGCACGAUUUUUGACGCGCAGCGCGAGAUUUCUGUCGAGACCAUGACAUCAGAGCAACUACUGUGUGAGAAACAACGAUUGUGUCGGGCCUCGAUUGAUUUUGAUAAAAUUUAUCAAAAGGCCGAAGAUGUCGGCAUUCGGUUCGGUCCAUUGUUCCGUAAUCUUUCCGAAGCUAAGAUUCAUCAUGGCGCGAACGAAGUGGGUGAUUUCCUUGGGACAGUGACUAUUCCUGACAUCGCGAAAAGUAUGCCACAUGCAGCUGUGUACCCACACAUUGCGCAUCCGGCAAUGUUAGACUCGCUAAUGCACUCGGUCUACGGCUCUGUUUCGAGUUUCAAGGGCAAAGACUCGGACUUUGACAUGUAUCUUCCAACACAUAUUGGAGAAGUUUGGAUUUCGUCAAAUAUCAGGAGCGAGCCUGGCCACGAGUUUCUGUGUCACAAUGCUACGCACCAAGAAUCUUUGACGACGUUGAAAAGCGACAUCACAUUAUGGGAUAAGUCGACUUCAACAAUGCAGGUUCGAUUCACGAACGUCGAUCUUACCCAUGUGGAUUCAAGUCAUCGAACCCUUGAUAGAAGCGCUGCCUGCCACUGGGUAGACUGGAAGCAGGAUCUGGAGAGCAUAAAACAAGAGGAACUUUUGAAUCUUGACUAUCAUUCCUCGGGAAGGUUCCCUUCACUUGAGCGGUUGGAGCUCACAGCUACCCUUUUCAUCAAAGGCAUUCUUCCUGACCUCGAGGACUGUAUCGCAAAUAACAAUCUACCGGCAUAUUUCAAUGACUACAUGGGUUGGAUGCGCCAAUUUCUUGACACCGUUGAGUCUGGGGAGCAUCCUUUGAUCACCCCCAAGGCUCUGCAGGAUCAAUACCAAACCCCCGAUUCAUUCCAUUCAUUGUGUGAAGCUCUAAGUGCGACUAGUGCCAAUGGACGUCUUUGUGUCAAAAUGGGGCUCAAUCUACCUCGCAUCCUUCAACGAGAAGCAGAUCCACUGGAACUAAUGUUUGGUGAUGAUGAUCUUAUGAACGCGGUUUACAGAGAGGUAUUUGAGGCUGGUAACCUUCCCAAUCAUCUUGCAACAUAUCUCGGCUACUUGGGGCAUCAACGGAAUGGGCUCCGCGUUUUGGAGAUUGGAGCGGGAACAGGGUCAACCACCAUUCACAUUCUGAAUUCGCUGUGUCCACUGAAGAGUGGUCUUCCUUGGAGUGUCGAAGAAUUUGUUUUCACAGAUAUAUCGGCCGGUUUCAUGGAAGAGGCAUCAAGGUUCUUCGAAGAUUGGCAGGGGAUCAUGAAUUACACGACAUUUGAUGUGGAGCGAAAUCCAGUCCAACAGGGACUGGAGCUGGGUUCCUUUGAUCUGGUUGUCGCCGGGAAUGUGCUGCACGCGACAAAAUCACUUUCCACCACGCUGCGAAAUGUUCGUUCUCUUUUAAAGCCACAUGGUCGAUUGAUUCUUCAUGAGCUCGUUUCACCUCAGUUUUGCUUCCUGCCAUUCUCAUUUGGACUUCUUCCCGGAUGGUGGUCCUCCAAGGAUUCAUUUAGGGCAAUGGGGCCGUUGCUGAAUGAGACAUCGUGGAACCAUAUCCUCCGACGAAAUGGAUUUACCGGGGCCGACCAUGUGCUGCCUGAUAGCAGCGAUAAAAAUGCGCACAUUUCAAGUAUAAUCGUCGCUGGGGCAGCAGAAGAACGAAAGGGCCAGUUCCCUCUCACUACAACAUCCAUCAUUGAUCUGUGCCAGGAACAGACAACCGGCGACCGAUCUGCGUACAUCAGUGAUGAUCUAGUGCAGUCUUUUGGCAUUGGAGACAGCCGCGUGGUCACACUCGCCGAGGCUCUGCAGGACGAAGUUCAAGAUACUGUAUACGUCGUCCUAGCGGAUAUUUCGCUCUCCUUCUGGGAAGCUACAUCUGAACAGAACUUUGAAGAUAUCAAGCGAAUCUUGAAUACAGCCAACAACUUGUUGUGGGUAUCGAUUCACGAUGGAACCCCUCAAUUCGCAAUGAGUGCGGGUCUCUUACGAACGGCAAGAUCGGAAAGCCUGUCGAGUGAUCGCAAUCUGACCACGCUUGAUAUGAACACACGAACGAACCCUCAAAAUCUCUUCCAAAGUACUGUCUGUGAUGUCUUCUAUCGCCAAUUUCUUAUUCGAUCUGCCCAACCAAACGAGCAAUAUAGAUUGGAGGGAGGUCGCUUAGAGAUUGCGCGAAGGCUACAAGAAGUUUUGGUCGACCAUUCAAACGGGGGGUUGAAAUUAAUUGCUCAGAGUAUGAGGCAGCUUGAUAGCCUCGCAUUUGUCGACGACCAGACAUCACUAUUCCCUCUCGGGGAAUCCCACAUAGAGGUCGAGAUGAAGACCGUUGGAAUCAAUUUCAUGGAUCUUCUGGUGGCCAUGGGUGAUAUCCCCAACUCAGAAUUUGGGGUCGAAGGGGCUGGCGUCGUCACCCAGGUAGGAACUCGGGUGGAAAACUUGUCAGUCGGCGAUAGGGUCAUGGUUUUCUCUGAUCCUGGUGAAAGUGGAACUCUUCGGACGUUUUGUCGAACCAGAGACUCUCUCGCCCUCAAGAUCCCAGAUACCCUGUCCUUUGAGACCGCCAGUGCACUGCCCGCCCUUGGUUGCACGGUAAUCUACUCCCUUCGGGAUGUGGCUCGCCUCGGUAAGGGUGAGACUGUUCUCAUACAUGCUGGCUCUGGUGGUACGGGGCAAACAGCCAUCCAGUAUGCUCAGUCGGUCGGGGCUGAGGUCUUCACGACUGUCUCCAGCACUGAAAAAAGGAAACUUGUGAUGGAUCUUUACGGCAUCCCGGAAGACCAUGUGUUCUACAGUAGAGACGCAACUUUCGCGAAGCAAAUUAAGCGAGUUACUUCUGGAAGAGGGGUCGACGUUGUCUUGAACUCCCUCGGUGGUGAACUUCUACGUCACUCAUGGAGCUGCAUUGCGCCUUUGGGAAGAUUCAUCGAGCUUGGGAAACGCGAUAUAUUUGGCAACGGAAAACUUGACAUGAAGCCGUUUACAGGAGGCUCUAUAUUUGCAGCAGUCGACCUUGUCGAGAUGAUCAAACUUCGGCCGUCUGCGAUUCAGACUUUGUUGGAAGACACUCUUCAGUUCUAUCUAGAAGGGAUCAUCUCCCCUCCUUCACCCAUCACUACUUUGAAAUUCUCCGAGGCCGGACAGGCUCUUAGGCGCUUACAGACCGGAAAAUCAACAGGGAAGAUGGUUUUGGUCUCUUCUGAGGACGACAUUGUCUUGACCCUUCCAUUUGUACCGUCAGAGCUCAAGCUUCCGGCUGAUGCGUCGUUUGUCAUAGCAGGCGGCCUCGGCGGUUUGGGGCGCUCUGUAGCAAAAUGGAUGGCCAGUAUCGGUGCUCAAAGUUUGAUAUUCCUAUCCCGAUCCGGUGGUGAAACCCCUGAGGCCCAGCAGUUAAUCGAUCACUUGAGCACGGUAGACUGCACCGCUACGAUAGUAAAAUGCGAUAUUACGGAUUUCCAAAGUCUCCAUGAGGCUGUACAAUCUCUGUCUCAAUUACCCCCCAUCAGAGGCUGUAUUCAAGCUGCCAUGCAACUCAAGGAUGCAAGUCUCAACACUAUGACCUUGAAUGAUUUCAAUGCCGCUGUCUCGCCCAAAGCACAAGGGUCCUGGAAUCUUCACUCCGUCCUUCCCCAAGAUCUGGACUUUUUUGUGAUGCUCUCAUCAGUUUGCGGCAUCAUGGGAAACAUGGGUCAAGGCAACUACGCUGCUGGUAAUACUUACCAGGAUGAACUUGCUCGUUAUCGCUCUGACCUCGGAAUGCCGACUUUCAGCAUCGAUCUGGGCGUAGUCACAUCGGCGGGAUAUGUGGCCGAGAAUCUCACCUCCAAGCGAAACCUUGGCUCUCAUCUGUCUGCCAAGGCGGACGGACUCAACGAAAAAGAUAUUUUCCAAGCCUUGGAGUACUGUCUCCACCCGGAGAACUCCCCCGUUGGCCGCCCAGGUGCUCAUCAGAUCGUGCUAGGGCUCGACACAGUGGAGAUCUUGCAGCCACGGAAGAGCGACACCGAAGUUCCUGCUUAUGCGCGACACGCACUUUGGACCCACGUCCGUGGCGGUUCCAAACCACACCACGACCAGGAGAGUAGUGGUGCUCAGACUGGUCUCCACCAAGAUAUCAAGGACUCUACGUCGGACAAGUUGAAGCAAGCGGAAUCUUUCGAUGCAGCGACGAAGAUAGUCUUGGACGCCAUUCAAGCGAAGUUGUCGAGCAUGCUGUCGAUUCCAUCUGCUGAUGUGGAUGCCAAUCAGAAGCUAAGUGACUACGGAGUUGACUCUCUAGUUGCAGUCGAAUUCCGAUCCUGGAUGAAAAAGGAUAUUGGUGCAGAUAUACCCGUUCUGGAUAUCGUUGGGUCUGACAGCAUUGAGAACAUUUGCACAAGGGUGGCUGGUUUGAGCGAUUUUGUUGCUGAUCAGCUGAAGAGAUAG